UAAGUAGUAGAUACAAAGGUAGUGGUUCGUCGUUUUUCUUCUUCCUCAAUUCAAUGUACCUACAUCUAAUAAGUACCACCGGUAUAUAAGUGCAACUGGCCGACGGCUACAAGAUCAUUUUCAAUUUCGCCAGGUCGCCUUGCACGCUUUUCUUUUUCCGUCUUAUAGAUUUUUCUUUUAUUUUUGUGAUCUUGGAACUAUCCUACUAAUGGUGGUUACCGGUUUAUUUAUUUAAUUUAUUGAUCAAUUGACAAUUACAUUUUUGCAAAAAUGGUUUGCAAAAAAUCUGUAAGAUCUUUGGUAGAAGAACCAAGCGGCAAUAAAAGGGAACUAAUACUCAAAGAAAUCAACGAAAUUGACGAGGACAAAUUGAAGCACAACGAACGCCUUAUACAAGAAUGGAUCGAUUGUCAGAAACAUUUUCCAAAGAAUAUAGAUCCAGGUCUUAUUCGAGGCACGCUCAGAGGCCACAAACACAUCCUGGAAAGGACCAAACAGAAAUUGGAACAGCAUUUGGCCGCCAGGCAUUUGUAUCCAGAAAUUUUUGGUAACCGAUCCCCGUUCGAGAAAGAGAUUGUACAAGCUAUGGAUGUCGUAAAUAUUGCUAUAGUGCCCAGAUUAUCACCAACAGGUCGAAUAAUAGUCCUAUUGAAUCUAAACCGUUACGACCCCUCGGAAUUUAACUAUCAAAAUGUGGUGAAGUUGUUCUUUAUGCUGUACGAACUACUAAUAUCUUCAGACACACUUUAUUCUGGCGAAAUUGCCAUCUUUGACGCAUCAAAUCUUACUCCGGGUCACAUUGCCAAAUGGUUUGGGCCAUUUUUCAAAACUGUCAUGAUCAUACUCAAAGAAGCUUACGCUGUGAGGCUGAAAGAGCUCUACAUUAUCAAUGCGCCACAUAUUAUGAGCAAAAUGGUGUCUGCUAUUAAACCACUUUUGCAUUCGAAAGUUAGGAAUUCGAUUUAUAUUCUGGAUAACUCGCAACCUGUCUUAGACAAGCUAGGUCCAGACUAUCUGCCCUCAGACUUUGGUGGAAAUCUCAAAUCUAUAAGACAGCUAUCUUUAGAUUACUAUGACGUCCUCAACGAUAAUGCCAAACGGUUUGAGGAUCAAGAAGAUGUUAAAAUUAUAGGGAUACCUGAAAAAGUCUAUACCAAACUUUAUAUGCAAGAUCAAAUAGGGAUUGAGGGUAGUUUUAGAAAAUUGGAAAUUGACUAGAAUAAUUUUGUAAUUUAUACUCUAUUAAUAUUGUGAUUUAUAGUGUAUAAGAUGUGAAUUUAGGUUAUACCUAGUGUUGUACCAACCAAUUUAUUUACUUAGUGGAUAGCAUUUUAGAUAUUUCAACUUUUUAAUUAUUAUCAUAUUUAGAUGAGGUUUUUGUUGACCAGGUUUCAUAUAAUAAACAAUCCUGGAUUAUUAAGGUAUGACUGAAAACCGAAUAAAAGAUUUGUGUUAACUCGAAAUUGGGUCUUAAAUUUUAUAUGAUAACCAAUAAUUUCA